CUGGAUGAAAUCGCAUGCUGAUUGGUGAUUGAUGUCACGUGACGUUACGCAGUGCCAUCUAACCGAGUUAAUCUUUUACCAACUAAAGGGUUUCAAAUGAAAGGUUAGUUGGUACGUGUAUGUUGAUAUCGUACGAAGCCGGUGUAUCUUGCUGAAUAAAGUAUUUUAUAAAUUAAAUAUAUUUUCGUAUGUUACUUCGGAUACGCAAGUUAAACGAACAAAUUCGGAAUAGUCUUUUCUAAUGGAGGACGUAGUUGAUACAAAAGAAAAUUUAGCGCAAUCUAUACGACUUUUAAAUCAAGAUACCGCACAGAGAAAAUCAUUUUUAAGGUUAAGUACGAAGAGCACUACGCCAAAAAGGAUAUCCUUGCAACAAACUACUCACCCUCGCAAGGAUGAAGAUACGAAUCAACUCAAUGACACACACAGUCCGAGAAUAUCUUCUAGGAAUUAUCUUAAUACAAAGAUAAUGAAGGGUCACAAUUAUUCAGACAUAGAUACAUCUUUAACCGUUGCACCUCAUGAAAUACGUGAUAUAAUGGCAUGUUCAGAAAAAAAUGAUAUGACUCUUCGGGAGAUCAUGGAAGAUAGUAGUGCAACAGGAAUCAUUUUGAAAGCCAAUGAGCCAUGGCGCGAGGCUAAUACAAAAUUGUAUUAUGAUUUCUUACAAUGCGUGCAAGCUCAUCUUUCUGAACUACAAGUAUUUGAUACCAUUGCAGAUUUUAUACAAAGUUGUACAGACACUUUGGAAAUAAUUAGAGGAAUGCAAGCUAAGGUUGAAAAUACAGUGAUAUCUUCUGAGGAAAUAUCUUUAGAAAAUGAAAGAAAUACUUGGAGACUUAUAUAUUGCCUUUAUCAAAAUAGGAUAAAUACAUCAGAAUUUGAUACUCCAAUGGAAGAUAAUUCAGAAGUUACUUAUAUUUCAGAAAAAAGUGUAAUAGAUCAUUUAUAUAAAACAGAAAGUCAGACAAGAGAAUAUCAAUUAAUUAUAGAUUGGUUAGAAAAGAAUGCAUUGGAUCAAGCUAAUAGAUCUCCAAAUAUAGAAUGUUUCACCGAUAAAACUGUUGCUUGGGAAAAUACAUUGUAUCAGUUGCAAAAUAGGAAUUUGGGGAUGGCUUUUGGAUCUUCUAGACCACUAGUAUCUUCUAUGGAUCCUGAUGCUCCUAUAAGAGAAGGCAAACCACUGCAUGAUUUAGAUAGAGAAGAUGAUGCUAGACUUGAAAAACGAAUGUUUAUAGAAGUACGUUGUGGUCGUCUUCAAAAAGCACAAGCUUUAUCUAUUCAUUGUGGUCAACCAUGGAGAGCUGCAUGUUUAUUAGGAUGGGUACCGCAUCAUGAUCCAAAUUAUAACAAUCCUUUAACAGAUACCAAGGUACCAAUUGUAGGUAAUCCUAAUAGAGAUCUUUGGAAGCUAUGUGCUUGGGAACUUUCGCAUGACAAACGUGUUGGACAGUUUUAUCGUGCCAUUUAUGCUAGUCUUUGUGGCAAUGUUCAACAAUUGCUACAGAUUGCUUUAUCUUGGCAAGAUGCAUUGUGGGCUUACAUGAAGGGUCUCUUGGAUGUUAAAGUUGAAGCAGAAGUGAGAGAUACUAUGCCAAGAAAUUAUACAGCCAUGUCUGAAGAAUAUUGGAAGAAUAACAUUUCGUUGGAAGAAAUAUUCAAAGAACUUCAUGCUUCAAAAAAUGAAUCUAUACGCACUCAAGCUAAUAAACCAGAUCAUCUUAUACAAAAGUAUUUAAUAUUAGAUCAGAUUCCAAAGUUAAUGGAAGAAAUUGAAAGUAUGAUAGAUCUAGGAACCUGUGAUUCGCAGUUCUUAAGAUUCUUAGCACAUUUAAUUCUCUUUUUACGACAAAUUGGAAAAAAUACAAAAGAUAAAAUAGGAGAUAAAGUAUUACAGGCGUAUGUAAGAAUUCUUAUUAGAAUGGGUGAUCCAAUCUUGAUUGCAUUUUAUACUGCUACCUUACCACAAGAAGAUCAAAUAUCAAAUUAUGCCUCAUAUUUAGAAAAUGUUACGGAUUACGAGCAACGUAAGAGAUCUUUAGCUGCUGCAGAGGAUGCUAAUUUGAAUGUUGAAGCUAUUACAAAGACAGUUGUAGAAAGUAUACGUCAAAAAAAUACAGAGAUUAAAUCUGAUGAUUUAAAGGGUACUAUCACAGAUGCAGAUAUGGAGAAGAUCAAUGCUUUGGAUUGGGUCAUUUUUUAUCAAAGCCAACGAGAAGAAGCACUGUGGCAAACUAAUGCACUAAUAAGAUAUUUUCUUACCAAUGAAAAAAUUGAUGCUGCACGGAAAGCUUUUAAUAAAAUUCCACCAGAUUCUAUUGAAUCAGUUAUGGCUGAAUAUCCAACUAUGGAAAACACUCUUGCUAAUCUCACAAUAACUGAUAAUUUAUCAAAAAGGGCAGCAAGUGCUAUUAGAGAAUAUUUAUGUUAUAAAACAUAUCUUGAUGCACAGGAAGGUUUUUCAGAAUGGUUUUCUCAUUUCCAUCAUGGCAAACCAACUCCAUUAGAAGAUUUACCAGCUUAUGCAACAUUUACAGAAAAAGUUGCUUAUGAUCAUAAGAAGGCUCAAUAUAAUACAGAAUUAGAUAGGUGGAAAUGUACUAUGCAACAUCAUACUAAAGCAGUUAAGCAGCUUUUAUUUAAUGUUCUUUUAUUUCCUGAUGGUGGUUGGCUCGUUGAUUCCAACAAUAAUUCAGAUGAAGUUGAUGUUAAUUCAGAUGGCCCAUCUAUACCAGAGGAAGUAUUAAGGGAACAUCAAUUAAAAAAAUUGCGCGAAUUGUGCAUUCCCAAAAUUGCACUCUUGUUACACACUGUCAUGUCUGAAAUGAAUGAACAUGCUGGUUGUAUACAAUUAGCUGAUAUUCUUGCGUGUGAACAAUACCAAUUGUUUGAAGUAUUUCCUAAGGGACGACUUCGUGAAAUAUUUAAAAAGAUUUGUGAAUCUUCCCUCAUUUUGAUGGAUCAGAAAAAAGAUCCAUGGGGAUAUCCAAAGUAAUGUCUUUGUAAAAUACUAUUGUAAUUUGUUGAAUACGAAUUUUCCUUUUUUUUUUUUAUAAAAUCAGUUUAUUGUCAACCACAAGAAGUGAAUAUAAAAUUUGAUACAAUGUUCAAUAAUUUAUGUAAUCAAUACAUUAUAUAUAUAUACCAAAUAAGUACUUAGAUGUUUGUCAUGUAGUUGCGAAUAAAUAUAGCCGCUGUCAGAGAUGCAAGUCGAUGGACAUGGAGUAAUAUGGAGUAGUAUAAAGAAACUCGCGGAGAAAUUUUAAGAAGGGAUAAUAAUGAGAAGAACAACUAAUAUCUUUGUUUUUCUUAUCUUUUUUUUUUUUUAAUACCACUAAUUAUGGAUCGUAAUUGCCCAUUAUUCCGUUGCCUCAAUAAACAA